UAAACCCUAGAUAAAAUAGCAGUUCUUUCGGAUGUAAUAACAAAAACCGCCACAGAAAUGAUGAAGCAGAACUCGUCGGAGGCAAUGUUGUCUUCAUCAGCCGUGGACAAAUCUCAUUCCUCCAUUUCAUCGGAGAAGCCUCUCUCCUCAUCUAGAGAUAGAAGUGGAAGAGCCCAAGAGAUCAUGGCCGUGGAUCGGCCAGGAGAGUACACAGCCAAAUGUCGAUGGACGGUCGAGAGCUUCCCAUGUCGUCUCAAAUCUAAGGCACUGUGGAGCAAGUACUUCGAUGUAGGAGGCUAUGAUUGUCGUAUCUUGGUUUACCCUAGAGGUGACUCACAAGCCCUUCGUGGCUACAUCAGCAUCUACCUUCAGAUCAUUGACCCUCGAGGAACCACUUCAUCUCUAUGGGACUGUUUCUCUAGCUACCGACUCUCUAUCGUCAACCAUGUCGAUGAUUCAUUCACAAUCCAUAAGGAGUCUUGGCAUAGAUUCUCUAGUAAGAAGAGAUCUCAUGGAUGGUGUGAUUUCACUUUAAACUCUAGUAUUUUGGAUCCUAAGAUUGGUUUUUUGUUUAACAAUGAUUUCUUGCUUAUCACGGCUGAUAUCUUGAUUCUUAAUGAGUCCGUGAGCUUUAGUAUUGGUAAUAACAAUGAGUUAAAUUCCAUAGCUGGACCAAUGCCUGAUGUGUUGAGUGGGAAUUUCACUUGGAGGGUAAAUAAUUUUAGCUUGUUUAAGGAAAUGAUGAAGUCACAGAAGAUAACAAGCCCUGUUUUUCCAGCUGGGGAGAGUUAUUUGAGGAUCUGUGCUUACCAGAGUGUGGUUAAUGAGCAAGAGUACCUAUCCAUGUGUUUGGACAGUAGUGAUACCGAAAAGACUGUUUUAUCGGACAAGAGCAGUUGGUGUUUGUUUAGCAUGUCAGCUUUGAAUCAGAAGCCUGGGUGCACUCACAUGAAUAGAGAGUCUUAUGGGAGGUUUGCUUCUGAUAAUAAGAGCGGGGACAAUACAAGCGUGGGCUGGAACGAUUACAUGAAGAUGUCUGACUUUGUGAACCCGGAAGCCGGGUUUUUUGUCGAUGACACGGCUGUCUUUAGCACCUCAUUUCAUGUUAUUAAAGAGUUCAGUAGCUUUACUAGGACUGGUGGGUUAAUUGAGGGAAGGAAUGGGACUAGAAAUGGACAAAUGGGAAAAUUCACUUGGAGAAUUGAAAAUUUCACAAGGUUAGUGAAUCUUCUGGAGAAAAGGAAGAUAACCGAUCUUUACAUCAAAAGUAAGAGGUUUCAAAUUGGUAACCGGGAUUGUCGACUUAUUGUUUACCCCCGAGGGCAGUCCAAGGCACCAUGCCUUCAUCUUUCAGUAUUUCUUGAAGUGACAGAUUCACGAAGCUCUAGUAGUGAUUGGAGUUGUUUUGUUAGCCACCAACUAUCAGUUGUUAACCAAAGAUCAGAGGAGAUGUCAGUGACAAAGGAAUCUCAGAACCGAUACUCGAAAGCCGCAAAGGAUUGGGGUUGGCGUGAAUUCGUAACACUUACUAGUUUGUUUGAUCAAGACUCUGGAUUUCUUGUUCAAGACUCUGUUGUUUUCUCCGCGGAGGUUCUUAUUUUGAAAGAAACAUCUCUAACAAAAGACUACAGGGAGGCAGAAUCAGCUAAUUCAGUUUCACAAAUUGAUAACACCGUGAAAAGUUCAUUUACUUGGAAAGUGGAGAAUUUCUUGGCCUUCAAGGAAAUCAUGGAAACACGAAAGAUUUUUAGCAAAUUCUUUCAAGCUGGUGGAUGUGAACUUCGGAUCGGUGUAUAUGAGUCCUUUGACACUAUAUGCAUAUAUUUAGAGAGUGAUCAAUCUGCGGGUACCGAUGUGGACAAUAAUUUCUGGGUUAAGUACAAGAUGGGUAUUCUCAACCAAAAGAAUCCGGCCAAAAUUGUGUGGAAGGAGUCAUCUAUAUGUACCAAGACAUGGAAUAAUUCUGUUCUACAGUUUAUGAAGGUGUCUGACAUGUUGGAGGCUGAUGCUGGGUUUCUUGUGCGUGACACUGUUGUUUUUGUGUGUGAAAUAUUGGAUUGUUGUCCUUGGUUUGAGUUUUCAGACCUAAUAAUGGUAUUGGCUUCAGAUGAUGACCAAGCUGAUGCCUCAGCCACCAAUCCUGAUGAAAUUAUGGAUUCUGAGGAAAGGGAGGAAGACACAUUCCAAGAUUUUCUUGCGCGAGCUGGAAUCACUCUCCCGCUUGGAGAGAAUCCGUCACAACUACAAGUUACUCUCCAAGAGAAGUUUCUAAUGGAUGCGGGUGCAAUUUCUGGUUUUCUUACUGACUUGCGUGUUUAUCUUGAUGAUCCUACUAAAGCAAAGCGUUUACUUCUCCCGACUAAAAUAUCAAGCAAGUUAACAAAGAGUGAUGAAUCUUCAGCAAGCCUGCUGAAUUUGCUGAUGGGUGUUAAAGUUCUACAGCAAGCAAUUAUUGAUUUACUUCUAGAUAUAAUGGUUAAGUGUUGCCAACCUCCGAAGGAAGGCUCUCAUUCCGACGGCUGCGUGGCUGCAACUUCAUCGGUGUCAAAGAAAAAGUGGCCAGAACAGUCUGAGGAGGUAUUGGGACUGAUUGUUAACUCACUAAAAACAAUCGAUGCGGUUGUUCCACAAGGUUGUUCUGAGUUUAGACGACGACCACACUCUGCUCAAAAGAUUGGUCUUGUUUUAGACAGAGCACCCAAACAUUUGCUACAAGAUUUAGUUAGUCUGGUUCCUAAAUUGGUUGAGCAUUCAGAGCAUUCACUGGCUGCUUAUGCACUUAUUCAACAGCUUCAAAAGCCCGAAGCUGAAAUAUCUUUACGUGAACCAGUAAGUGCA